AUGUCGACCGAAACUCAGGUUCUGCACAUGGAUCGCAAUGACUAUUAUGGUGGUGAAUCGACUUCACUCAAUCUCAUUCAGCUGUGGAAGAGAUUCAGAGGGAGUGAUAAACCUCCGGCGCAUUUGGGUUCCAGUAGAGAUUACAAUGUCGACAUGAUCCCUAAGUUUAUUAUGGCAAAUGGCACCUUUGUUCGAGUCCUCAUUCAUACAGAUGUUACCAAAUACUUAUAUUUUAAAGCUGUUGAUGGAAGCUUUGUCUUCGACAAAGGGAAGAUUCACAAAGUACCUGCAACUGACAUGGAGGCUCUAAAAUCACCUCUCAUGGGAAUCUUUGAAAAGAGACGUGCCCGCAAAUUUUUCAUUUACGUCCAAGACUACAAUGAAAAUGAACCUAAAACACAUGAAGGAAUGGAUUUGACUAGAGUUACUACAAGAGAACUCAUUGCAUGCUUUAUCUGUUUUUCUAAUACACGUAUACAUUUGAAAGGCUGUAUUCUAGCUGUCAAGCAGUUUUACUUGUUUCGCAAGACAUACGUUUCAAAUGAAGAGGUGGAUGCCGUUGAAGCACACCUAACUCAACAAGGAAAUACGUCAUAUGAUCCGGAUAAUGUGUUCCUCACCGUAGUACCCCGUGACAAGAAAAAUUGCAUUUAUGGGUUGGGGUCAUUACGUGCGACUGUUCCUCCUCGACCAUCAUCCUUCUGCAGCGAUGGUCGUACUCCGGGCAUAUUUAUUCUUGAGGAACGAUUGACAAAGAUGGAGUGUGAGUUGGGUGAGUUGAGGACAGAUCUUGCCGUGGGACGUAGUCAAUGGGAAGUGAUGCAACAACGUGUCACAAAUAUGGAGAACCAACAACGAGCCAUAUACGAUUUGAACUUGACCAUUAUGGAGCAAUUACGACGUAUGGGAGCACCAUCCAUUCAUAGGUCCGAACCCGAUUCAGAUGGUGGUAGUGCUCCGAUAUCAUGA